GACCUCUAUAUGUUUUGGUCAAUUCAGCAGGCCGCAAGCGCCUGGGCCCCGGCAUCCUGCAGCAUUCCAUGCCGCGAGACAGUGCGCUUCCCUCCACAAGCCGUAGCGACCAGCUGAUAUAUCGUGUUCUGGCUGCAAAAUUUGCCGGGCGAGUCAAAGCUGAACUACUGCAUGGAAGCAAUCGCUCAUUGCGUCCACCAGCGCCAUCGCAGCGCCCGCAGACCCGUUCGGCACACACAGACACUCACUUGAGUAACUAGGUUCCCCCCUGACCUCCCCUGUCACCCCUGAACACCCUGGCAUUUCAGCAGCGACUAUUAGCGGCCUCCGCACCUGGCCCCGGCAGCGGGGCCAUGACGGAGGCCUGUUCGGAGCUUAGGGACGCGCCGAUGCAGUAGUUGUUGACUCGGUCGGUGGGUUCAGCUCGGACCCGGUCCCGAACAGCCAGCAGGGGCCAUGAAGCUUAAGUUGAAGGUGGGCGGGCAGCCGAGCGCCAGCCAGGCGGAUCCUAGCAGCGGCGCGACGACACCGGCGCAGCCGACUGCGUCGACAGGCGCAACGGCCAGCAGGAAGCGCAAGGACCCGCCCGGAGAUGGAACGACGGCGGAGGGGGGCGCGCCAUCGGCAGUGCCGGCGCCGCCCUCGGCCUCCGGCCCGCCGCUGAAGAAGCCCGCGACCGCGUCUACAAUGGCGGGCGCAAUGGCACCGCCGCGCCUGAAGAUUGCGCUGCCCGGCGCCAAGGCCGCGGCUGCGGCGGCCGCGGCAGCGGCAGCGGCCGCAGCAGCAGCCGGAGCUGGCGGAGCACCGGCGCCCGCGCCCGCGGCGCCUAGGCCCGCAGCGCCAGCACCGGCGCCGGCAGCGGAGCCGCCACGGCCAGCAAACGCAGGUGGCGCGGCAGGGCCAGCAGGCCCAGGGCCGGGCAGCGCGCGGGGCGCCACCGGCACCGCCGGCACAGCGCCGCUCCCGAGCGGCACGGGCGCUGGGGGCGCUGCCGCCGCCCCGGCGCCGCGCCUGGCCCUCAAACUGCGGCUCGGUGGCUUCGGAAGCGGCGUGAAAGCAGCACCGGCGCCAGCCCCAGCCCCGGCACCGGCGCCGCCACAGGAGGCGUUGUUCGCGCCGCUGCCCAGCGCCGCUCCGGCAGCGCCAAAGAUCAAACUGAAAAUGAAAAUGCCUAACAUGAACAUAGCCAGUCUGGCGGCUCGCAUCGCGCGCGGCGGCGCCGGCGACGGGGACGGCGGCGCGCCGGCGGACGCCGGCGGCGCCGGCGCGCCUCUGCCAGGCGGCGGCGGAGCCGCGCCCGGGGCUGGCGGAGCCGGCGGGGGCGCGGGCGGCAUACGCCCCGCCGGGGCCUCCAUGGGUCUACCACGCAUCAAGCUUAAGAUGCCCAUGGCCAGCUUGGGCGGCGCGGGCGCCACGGUGACGACCAAACCCGUGAUCACCACCACCACGCGCCCCGCUGUCGCGUCCACGAAACCGGCGGCGGCGGGCGCCGCCGGCCUGGACGACAUCCUUGACGACGUGGACGACGAUUUCGGGCCAGAUCCGGAUUUCGCGCCGCCAAAGCGCGGCCGCGGCCGGGGCCGCGGCCGGGGGCCGGGCCGCGGCGCAGUGCCGGUGGCGGCGCCCGCCGUGGCGCGGCCCGGGCUUGCACGCGGCGGUCUGGCGGGACGCGGGCUGGCGCGCGGCCGCGGCCGUGGGCUGGGCCGCGGGCUGGGCAUCGCCGCCGGCCGCGGCGCGGUGGUGGCAGCGGCGUCGGCGGGGCGCGGGCGCGGCGGUAGUCGCGACCAUGCGAACAAGUUUGAGCUGGAGCGCUGCUUCGAGCAGAUUGUGAAGCAGGACAAGGAUGGGCUGUUCGCCAAGCCGGUGACGGAUGAGCUGGCGCCUGGCUACUCGGAGGUGAUAAAGGACCCCAUCGACCUGUCCCUCAUCCGGCAGCGGCUGGCGGAGGGCUGCUACGACACGUGGGGCAGCCUGGAGGCUGACCUGCUGAAGAUGACCAACAACGCCAAGACCUACAACCCCGAGGGCUCCAAUGCCUGGUGGCACGCCGACCUCAUGGAGAAGAUGAGCCUCAAGUACAUCAGCUGCGGGCGGCAGGGCAUGCAAAACUACCGAGGUGUGGCGGCCAGUGUGUGGCGUGACCUGCGUAAGCCCGCGGGCGACGGCGCCACGGCCAUCCCGCUGCAGCCGCGCUACACCUCCGCCGGCCCGCGUUUCGACAAGUUCGGAAACGAGCGAGACCCCGCCGAGCUCAAGCGCCAACGCGCGGCGGAGGCGGCGGAGGCCGCCUCGCUCAUGCUCGAGUCGCGCCUGCGCGAGCGCAGGCCGGGGCCCGGCGCCCUACGCGACGACGGGCUGGGGCUGGGUGGCGAGGGCGGCCCGGGAGGGCUGGGCGGCGCCGGCGGCGUGGGGCCGGGCGGCGUGGGCGGGCCGGGUGCGGCGGGCGGCGCGGGCGCGGCGGGGCGGCGCAAGCACCGCAACCAGGGCAUCCGUGUCAUCGAGGCGGACGCGCGGAGGCUGUAUGCGGCCACGCUGGGCGACGACCGCUUCUCCUACAAGUCGCGGCCGCCGCUGUCCACCGCGCCAUUCGCGGGCAUGGGCGGCCUGGCCACCGGCACCAACGCCGAGGGGCUGCCCUUCACGCUGGUGCGCCCCUCGCUGCAGCCCGCCUACCCCUCCUGCGACGUGCCCGCCUCCCUCUACGCCUCCAGCCUGGCCCGCUUCAUCAGCAAGUGCGGCAAGGCGGUGCAGCUGGCGGCGAUGAAGCGCCUGACGGCGCCGCCGCCGCCGCCGCCGCCUGCGCCGGCGGCUCCGCACGGCCACCCGCAUCCACACGCCCACCCUGCGCACCCGCACCCAACUGGGGCAGGGCACGCGGGCCCGGUGGCGGCGGCAGCAGCGGCAGCCGGAACUGGAACUGGAGCUGGAACUGGAGCGGGCGGGCCGUCGGGCGGCGCCGGGCUGCCAAAUGGGGUGCAUGGCGUGCCGGCGGCGUCAGGGACGGUCAUGGCGCCUCCAAGGGCCGCGCCUGCCGCUCCGGGUAUCCCUGCGGCGACGGCGUUCUCGCAACCGGUCCUCAGCAUGGCGCCGGGGCCUGGUGGAGGCGCCGGCGGGUUGGCGGUAGGUACCAACGGCGUGGCUCCGUCGGCAGCGGCGCCGCCGUCAAUGCAGCCCGGUGUGCCGCUGGCUGCGGCGCCUGCGCCGCCGUCAGCUUAUGCGCCCAUGCAGCCCGGGCUGGCGGCUGUGGCGCCGCAGGCUGUGGCCCAGCCGCCGGCGGCUGCUGCUGCUGGUGCUGGUGGCGGUGGCGCUAUGACGCCGGGCGCGAUGCAGGCGGCAGCGCAGCUUCAGGCGAUGUACCCGUGAGGUCUGCAGCCGAGAGUGAUGGCGCCCGGGGACCGGGGCGAUGGCUCCGGCGGUUGUGAUGUACAAGCAGCCGGCGGCGCCGUCAGGGUGAGGACGAGACGCGGAGGCGCUAUCUAGACGAGGACGAGGAGGGGGCGGCAGUGGCGGCGGCCGCCCGCAUAGGUGGGCUGUGUGAUCCCCAUGAGGCUGAGGGCUGGGACGUGAGGGCUAGGGCGUGACCGCGUGAGGGCUAGGACGUUGCAGCAGAAGGAGCCACGCAGCAGAAGGAGCCACGCAGCAGAAGGAGCCGCUGGACCCUGGUGGCGCUUCGCGUGCACGGCAGUGGGGGCACUUGUUUCGGAUGCGUGACGUGCCCUCUCAGAGUGGCGCCGCGGCGCCGGCGGCGCCAGUAUGGCAUGGAGCCAUGGACGCAGCGCCGUAGCAGUAACGCAUUGCCGAGGCGCGUGUUUGUUACUUGGUUUGACAUGUUAAGCAUAAGUCCGCCAAGGACUUGACUACCGUACCGCUUGGCUGAGUUACUUGAAUGGCGCCUGAAGCAAGUGUCAAAAUGGCUGCGGGUGCGCAGCCCGUGUGGACACCGACGCGUAUGUUGAACGAUGUCGCCAUAUAAGCGUAUGCGAGGUGCAAACGUUGGAACGGUAGGGGUGGUGAGAACGAGAUUAGGUGUUGGCCUCGACAGAGUAUGGGAUGCGGAAGCGGCGCGGUGCCAGUCCAUGGCUGGCGCCGCAGGGAGGGCUGACCCGGCAUACGCCUCGUCGCGCGGCGGGAUCAUGUGUGUCAUCUUGGUGAAAGUGGAUGUGCAGCGCUGUUGUGACUGCGCUCAACGGCGGCGUCUCAGGUUUCGAGCUGUCAAUCACCGCUGCCACACAUCGGUGUUCGUGUGUUUGGUGGUGGGGGGGGGGGGUGAAAGUCUGAACGGCGAAAGGUGAUGCCCAGCUGCAGGUGCCGCGCUCACUAGUGAGAUGGGCGUCCUGACUGGGUUUACCGUACAGCAUCGCGGAACUUGCCACCGCGAGCUUAUGUAACGAUAACGGCAU